GAUAGUGUUGGCAGUAAUGAAGAGAGGCGGGAAUAGUCAGAAAAGCAAAUCCAAGCAAAUCGCUUUUAAAUUCUAUGCGACCUACAUUGUAUUGCAUGUGACGCAUAUUUUACGUACUUAUGAGAUGCUUUAAAGUAUACUCUCAAAUUACGUGUAAUAUUGGGAAAUCCAAGUGGAGUGGACUUAAUUGAUAAUGUAUCGUGUCUUGAAUGGAGUGGGUACUUCCCGAGAAAUGUCAAGUGACGCGGAAUUUCAGUUUUUGGAAAAAUGGGUUUUCAGUUCCUGUUUAGAAAGUCGUUUGAAAGAAUUUGCUAAUUCCACCAUGUACAAAUUCGCUAUUAAAACUAUCAAUUCAAGCAACGAUAAUUCUAAACCGAUACCUGAACAGGACGUGGAAACUCAAACAAACGGUGACGAGGUUACGGAUAAUAGAGAUGAGCACAUGGAUAUUGAGAAUGUGGAGGAAAUUGUAUCCCAGUCAUUUCUGCUAAGUACACAAAAUUGUACAAAAUUGGUGGCCAAUUUACGAGAAGGUCCAAUAUCAGAAGAUGAACUUAGUAAAUUGAGUAUUGAGGAUAUUGCUAUGUUUACCAAUGAGGGCUCCAGUGAUAUUAUCUUCAAUUUUUGUGAAUCUGUGUGUUCAGCUCCACAGUACCAACAAAGAUUUGUACCAAUUUUAUGUGAAAAGUUACUUCUUCCCAAGAUAAAAGACCCAACCUUUGCAACUUGCUCUCGAAUACUCAUGCCUACCAUAAAGAGAACUUUUGAAACAUUUCCUGCUGAAGCAUGUUCUUAUUUACUUCUCCCUCUAAUACAAGAAUCAGACUAUCAACGCAAGUUGGAUCAAUUUUUGACAGACCUUGAUAAUGGAAGCAAGCAAACAAUUUUAAAAUCGCUUCUGGAAGGUGACAUUAAAAUUUUGGAAGACCGUCAUCUCUCAGUGCUACAGAAUUUACUUGUUACAACUGUAGAUAAAAAUAUGAAUGAAAAACUUGUGGACCUACUACUAGCAUCAGGAAACAAUCUUUGUAAAUCUAGUAACUUUGGAAAACUUCUAGUAUGUGUUACUGAACAGAUUGGGCCAACACUUGAUUCUGAUGUCAAGAAUAAGUUAUUCAGUGCCAUUCAAACUCACAAAUCAAUUCAAAAGGCAAGAGUAAUGAAAGCCUUCCAGUCAUUGUCUUUGUGAUGAUAAUUGGCAAAUGUGGAAAGAGUUAUGAUUUUCUUCUGUUUUUGAAAAGUUGUCGGUUUAUGAGAUGUUACAACCAAGGAAUGCAAUGUAUAAUAGUAUAUAGUUUGGCUUUAAUGUUAAAGUAUAUAUGUUGUACUCUUUUGAAAUAUCUAAUGUCAGAGAUGAAAUUUUAAUUUCCAAUGUUUCUAAAAACAUAAAAUUUUGAUAAAAUCAUAAGAAAAUGAAUGUUAAUAACAUAACAUUUCCUUGAAGUACUAAUAUAAAUGCAGGUUUUUUAAACAACCAAAUCACUCAGUCUUUCAUUAUUAUGCGUAGGUUGAAACAAGAAUGAAUUGAAAAAAGUAAUUUCCUGCAGCAAUGUAAUAAUUACCUGAAAAUGACACCCUAAUGUCAUUUAAACCUUCUGACUUUAAUUGAACACACAACUCCAAAUCAUCUAUAUUGAAAAAAAGAAAAUCCUAUAUUCCAUUAAAGAUAGCUUGAAAGAAAUUGACUAAAUUCAGGAUUUACCAAUAAUUUUGUUGCAUUGACAUCUUUUGAAAGAAGUGUUUGCUUUAUCAAUCCACUUGAAUUUUACUUCAAUAAUUUUUAACCCAAAGGAUUGAACAUUCAUAAGAUUGAGAUUGAAAUUCCCAUUAAGAAUAUUUCGUAAAUUUCUUGUAUUUCAAAAAUCAUAGGAAAUACUGUGUAACAUAGUUUAUAUAUUUCCUUGUCAAUGGUUACAAACUGCAGUCUCUUUUUUUGGAUGUUUUUUAAAGGGAGGUCAAUACUUCUGAGUGUUCCAAACAUACCAACAAUAAUCCUGAAAGAAGAAAGGAAAAUUUGUAAUUUAUUAUUAGAUGCUAUGUAGUCAUAUAUCAGAAAACAAUUCUCAGUUUUUACUUUCUCAUAUAUGUAUACUCAGAGUAAUAUAAGUAGUAUAGAGAAAAUUAUGUAAUGCAGCAGAAAAGAUUUGAGGUUUUAUUGGAAAAGUUUGUACUGAGGUCCCCUUGUUUGUUCUUAACACCCAAUUUUUUUUUCUUCAAUUUUCAGUCUGAGAACAAUACUAGCACUUAAACUUUUCGUAAUUUUUUUUUUUUUUGCAAAAUUAAUAUUUGCCAAACGAUCUGGCGCAACAUGAGGCCCUGCAAAUUUCAAACUAGUUCUCUGAAUUUUGGGUUACUUCACAUGAAGACAUUUUUAAUUUAUUUUUUAACUGUGCCAAAUAUUUUCUG